GGCAACCCGCUGGGGUCACCUUCCACACUGUGGAAGCUUUGUUCUUUUGCUCUUUGCAGUACAUCUUGCUACUGCUCACUCUUUGGGUGCACACUGCUUUUAUGAGCUGUAACACUCACCACGAAGGUCUGCAGCUUCACUCCUGAAGCCAGCGAGACCAGGAGUCCACUGGGAGGAGCAAACAACUCCAGACGUGCAGCCUUAAGAGCUGUAACACUCACUGCGAAGGUCUGCAGCUUCGCUGCUGAGCCAGCGAGACCACGAACCCACCAUAAGGAAGAAACUCCGAACACACCCGAACAUCAGAAGGAACAAACUCCAGACGCGCCACCUUAAAAGCUGUAACACUCACCGCCAGGGUCCGCGGCUUCAUUCUUGAAGUCAGAGAGACCAAGAACCCACCAAUUCCGGACACCCUAUCAGAGAUUUUGAAAACUAUGAAGUGCUGGGAACAGAGAGACUGGACAGCUUCACAAAGGUGGGGAAACCUUGAAAUUGUGGCUUUUAUGACUUCCUGAUGAUCAGUACCAAAUCAACAAGGCACAAAUUUGUGAAUCUAUGUCUGAAAGAGAGGUUCAGCAACAGCUGUCUUAUGGGCUCAAACUAACCAAGGGAAGUUUCGUAGAAACCCCAGCUCAUUUCUCUUGGAAAGAAAGUUAUUACCGAUCCACCAUGUCCCAGAGCACACAGACAAAUGAAUUCCUCAGUCCAGAGGUUUUCCAGCAUAUCUGGGAUUUUCUGGAACAGCCUAUAUGUUCAGUUCAGCCCAUUGACUUGAACUUUGUGGAUGAACCAUCAGAAGAUGGUGCGACGAACAAGAUUGAGAUUAGCAUGGACUGUAUCCGCAUGCAGGACUCGGACCUGAGUGACCCCAUGUGGCCACAGUACACGAACCUGGGGCUCCUGAACAGCAUGGACCAGCAGAUUCAGAACGGCUCCUCGUCCACCAGUCCCUAUAACACAGACCACGCGCAGAACAGCGUCACGGCGCCCUCGCCCUACGCGCAGCCCAGCUCCACCUUCGAUGCUCUCUCGCCAUCACCCGCCAUCCCCUCCAACACCGACUACCCAGGCCCGCACAGUUUCGACGUGUCCUUCCAGCAGUCGAGCACCGCCAAGUCGGCCACCUGGACGUAUUCCACUGAACUGAAGAAACUCUACUGCCAAAUUGCAAAGACAUGCCCCAUCCAGAUCAAGGUGAUGACCCCGCCUCCUCAGGGAGCUGUUAUCCGUGCCAUGCCUGUCUACAAAAAAGCUGAGCACGUCACGGAGGUGGUGAAGCGGUGCCCCAACCAUGAGCUGAGCCGUGAAUUCAACGAGGGACAGAUUGCCCCUCCUAGUCAUUUGAUUCGAGUAGAGGGGAACAGCCAUGCCCAGUAUGUAGAAGAUCCCAUCACAGGAAGACAGAGUGUGCUGGUACCUUAUGAGCCACCCCAGGUUGGCACUGAAUUCACGACAGUCUUGUACAAUUUCAUGUGUAACAGCAGUUGUGUUGGAGGGAUGAACCGCCGUCCAAUUUUAAUCAUUGUUACUCUGGAAACCAGAGAUGGGCAAGUCCUGGGCCGACGCUGCUUUGAGGCCCGGAUCUGUGCUUGCCCAGGAAGAGACAGGAAGGCGGAUGAAGAUAGCAUCAGAAAGCAACAAGUUUCGGACAGUACAAAGAACGGUGAUGGUACGAAGCGCCCAUUUCGUCAGAACACACAUGGUAUCCAGAUGACAUCCAUCAAGAAACGAAGAUCCCCAGAUGAUGAACUGUUAUACUUACCAGUGAGGGGCCGUGAGACUUAUGAAAUGCUGUUGAAGAUCAAAGAGUCCCUGGAACUCAUGCAGUACCUUCCUCAGCACACAAUUGAAACGUACAGGCAACAGCAACAGCAGCAGCACCAGCACUUACUUCAGAAACAGACCUCAAUACAGUCUCCAUCUUCAUAUGGUAACAGCUCCCCACCUCUGAACAAAAUGAACAGCAUGAACAAGCUGCCUUCUGUGAGCCAGCUUAUCAACCCUCAGCAGCGCAACGCCCUCACUCCUACAACCAUUCCUGAUGGCAUGGGAGCCAACAUUCCCAUGAUGGGCACCCACAUGCCAAUGGCUGGAGACAUGAAUGGACUCAGCCCCACCCAGGCACUCCCUCCCCCACUCUCCAUGCCAUCCACCUCCCACUGCACACCCCCACCUCCGUAUCCCACAGAUUGCAGCAUUGUCAGUUUCUUAGCGAGGUUGGGCUGUUCAUCAUGUCUGGACUAUUUCACGACCCAGGGGCUGACCACCAUCUAUCAGAUUGAGCAUUACUCCAUGGAUGAUCUGGCAAGUCUGAAAAUCCCUGAGCAAUUUCGACAUGCGAUCUGGAAGGGCAUCCUGGACCACCGGCAGCUCCACGAAUUCUCCUCCCCUUCUCAUCUCCUGCGGACCCCAAGCAGUGCCUCUACAGUCAGUGUGGGCUCCAGUGAGACCCGGGGUGAGCGUGUUAUUGAUGCUGUGCGAUUCACCCUCCGCCAGACCAUCUCUUUCCCACCCCGAGAUGAGUGGAAUGACUUCAACUUUGACAUGGAUGCUCGCCGCAAUAAGCAACAGCGCAUCAAAGAGGAGGGGGAGUGAGCCUCACCAUGUGAGCUCUUCCUAUCCCUCUCCUAACUGCCAGCCCCCUAAAAGCACUCCUGCUUAAUCUUCAAAGCCUUCUCCCUAGCUCCUCCCCUUCCUCUUGUCUGAUUUCUUAGGGGAAGGAGAAGUAAGAGGCUACCUCUUACCUAACAUCUGACCUGGCAUCUAAUUCUGAUUCUGGCUUUAAGCCUUCAAAACUAUAGCUUGCAGAACUGUAGCUGCCAUGGCUAGGUAGAAGUGAGCAAAAAAGAGUUGGGUGUCUCCUUAAGCUGCAGAGAUUUCUCAUUGACUUUUAUAAAGCAUGUUCACCCUUAUAGUCUAAGACUAUAUAUAUAAAUGUAUAAAUAUACAGUAUAGAUUUUUGGGUGGGGGGCAUUGAGUAUUGUUUAAAAUGUAAUUUAAAUGAAAGAAAAUUGAGUUGCACUUAUUGACCAUUUUUUAAUUUACUUGUUUUGGAUGGCUUGUCUAUACUCCUUCCCUUAAGGGGUAUCAUGUAUGGUGAUAGGUAUCUAGAGCUUAAUGCUACAUGUGAGUGACAAUGAUGUACAGAUUCUUUCAGUUCUUUGGAUUCUAAAUACAUGCCACAUCAAACCUUUGAGUAGAUCCAUUUCCAUUGCUUAUUAUGUAGGUAAGACUGUAGAUAUGUAUUCUUUUCUCAGUGUUGGUAUAUUUUAUAUUACUGACAUUUCUUCUAGUGAUGAUGGUUCACGUUGGGGUGAUUUAAUCCAGUUAUAAGAAAAAGUUCAUGUCCGAACGUCCUCUUUAGUUUUUGGUUGGGAAUGAGGAAAAUUCUUAAAAGGCCCAUAGCAGCCAGUUCAAAAACACCCGACGUCAUGUAUUUGAGCAUAUCAGUAACCCCCUUAAAUUUCAUACCAGAUACCUUAUCUUACAAUAUUGAUUGGGAAAACAUUUGCUGCCAUUACAGAGGUAUUAAAACUAAAUUUCACUACUGGAUUGACUAACUCAAAUACACAUUUGCUACUGUUGUAAGAAUUCUGAUUGAUUUGAUUGGGAUGAACGCCAUCUAUCUAGUUCUAACAGUGAAGUUUUACUGUCUAUUAAUAUUCAGGGUAAAUAGGAAUCAUUCAGAAAUGUUGAGUCUGUACUAAACAGUAAGAUAUCUCAAUGAACCAUAAAUUCAACUUUGUAAAAAUCUUUUGAAGCAUAGAUAGUAUUGUUUGGUAAAUGUUUCUUUUAAAGACCCUCCUAUUCUAUAAAAUUCUGCAUGUAGAGGCUUGUUUACCUUUCUCUCUCUAAGGUUUACAAUAGGAGUGGUGAUUUGAAAAAUAUAAAAUUAUGAGAUUGGUUUUCCUGUGGCAUAAAUUGCAUCACUGUAUCAUUUUCUUUUUUAACCGCUAAGAGUUUCAGUUUGUUGGAAAGUAACUGUGAGAACCCAGUUUCCCGUCCAUCUCCCUUAGGGACUACCCAUAGACAUGAAAGGUCCCCACAGAGCAAGAGAUAAGUCUUUCAUGGCUGCUGUUGCUUAAACCACUUAGACGAAGAGUUCCCUUGAAUCUUUGGGAAAACAUGUUAAUGACAAUAUUCCAGAUAGAUCUUUCAGAAAUAUAACACAUUUUUUUGCAUGCAUGCAAAUGAGCUCUGAAAUCUUCCCAUGCAUUCUGGUCAAGGGCUGUCAUUGCACAUAAGCUUCCAUUUUAAUUUUAAAGUGCAAAAGGGCCAGCGUGGCUCUAAAAGGUAAUGUGUGGGUUGCCUCUGAAAAGUGUGUAUAUAUUUUGUGUGAAAUUGCAUACUUUGUAUUUUGAUUAUUUUUUUUUCUUCUUGGGAUAGUGGGAUUUCCAGAAGCACACUUGAAACCUUUUUUUAUCAUUUUUAUAUUUUCAUGAAAAUACCAUUUAGUAAGAAUACCACAUCAAAUAAGAAAUAAUGCUACAAUUUUAAGAAGGGAGGGAAGGGAAAGUUUUUUUUAUUAUUUUUUUAAAAUUUUGUAUGUUAAAGAGAAUGAGUCCUUGAUUUCAAAGUUUUGUUGUACUUAAAUGGUAAUAAGCACUGUAAACUUCUGCAACAAGCAUGCAGCUUUGCAAACCCAUUAAGGGGAAGAAUGAAAGCUGUUCCUUGGUCCUAGUAAGAAGACAAACUGCUUCCCUUACUUUGCUGAGGGUUUGAAUAAACCUAGGACUUCCGAGCUAUUUCAGUACUAUUCAGGUAACACUAGGGCCUUGGAAAUUCCUGUACUGUGUCUCAUGGAUUUGGCACUAGCCAAAGCGAGGCACCCUUACUGGCUUACCUCCUCAUGGCAGCCUACUCUCCCUGAGUGUAUGAGUAGCCAGGGUAAGGGGUAAAAGGAUAAUAAGCACAGAAACCACUAGAAAGUGGGCUUAAUGGAGUUCUUGUGGCCUCAGCUCAAUGCAGUUAGCUGAAGAGUUGAAAAGUUUUUGUUUGGAGACGUUUAUAAACAGAAAUGGAAAGCAGAGUUUUCAUUAAAUCCUUUUACCUUUUUUUUUCUUGGUAGUCCCCUAAAAUACAGUAUGUGGGAUAUUGAAUGUUAAAGGGAUAUUUUUUUCUAUUAUUUUUAUAAUUGUACAAAAUUAAGCAAAUGUUAAAAGUUUUAUAUGCUUUAUUAAUGUUUUCAAAAGGUAUUAUACAUGUGAUACAUUUUUUAAGCUUCAGUUGCUUGUCUUCUGGUACUUUCUGUUAUGGGCUUUUGGGGAGCCAGAAGCCAAUCUACAGUCUCUUUUUGUUUGCCAGGACAUGCAAUAAAAUUAAAAAAAUAAAUAAAAACUAAUUAAGAAA